UAGCUGUGGACCUUACAGUUGCUGCUAACUGCCCUGGUGUGUGUGUGUGUGAGAGAGAGAGAGAGAGAGAGAGAGAGAUAGGGAGAGAGAGUGCGCUAGCGCGAGAGAGCGAGUGAGCAAGCGAGCAGAAAAGAGGUGGAGAGGGGGGGAAUAAGAGAGAGAGGAGGAAAGGAGAGAAGGCAGGAAGAAGACGAGGGACGAUACGACCAUGCUGUGCUGUAUGAGAAGAACCAAACAGGUUGAAAAAAAUGAUGAGGACCAAAAGAUUGAACAAGAUGGCAUCAAACCAGAAGAUAAAGCUCAUAAGGCCGCGACCAAAAUUCAGGCUAGCUUCCGUGGACACAUAACGAGGAAAAAGCUCAAAGGAGAGAAGAAGGGUGAUGCCCCAGCCGCCGAGGCGGAGGCGAAUGAGAAGGAUGAAGCCCCCGUCGCUGAUGGUGCGCAGAAGGAGGGAGAAGGUUCCACUCCCGCUGAAGCGGCCCCAGCCGCCGGCCCCAAGCCGGAAGAGACCGGCAAAGCGGGCGAAACUCCUUCCGAGGAGAAGGAGGGGGAGGGCGCCCCCGAGGCUGCCACAGAGCAGGCAGCGCCCCAGGCUCCUGCCCCCUCGGAGGAGAAGGCCGGCUCUGCUGAGACAGAAAGUGCCACUAAAGCUUCCACUGACAACUCGCCGUCCUCCAAGGCCGAAGACGCGCCAGCCAAGGAGGAGCCUAAACAAGCCGACGUGCCUGCUGCUGUCACUGCUGCUGCUGCCGCCACCACCCCUGCUGCAGAGGAUGCUGCUGCCAAGGCAACAGCCCAGCCUCCAUCGGAGACUGCGGAGAGCAGCCAAGCGGAGAAGAUAGAAGCUGUAGACGAAACCAAACCUAAGGAAAGUGCCCGGCAGGAUGAGGGUAAAGAAGAACGCGAGGCGGACCAAGAACAUGCCUGAACUUUAAGAAAUGGCUUUCCACAUCCCCACUCUCCCCUCUCCUGAACCCUGUCGCUCCUCACCCUCUUCUCAACUCCUCUCUGAAGUUUCCCCUCCUGUCCUACUCACGUCUGUGAGUCUGUACUCUCCCACCCACUAGCCCUCUUUCUCUCUGUGUGGCAAACAUUUAAAAAAAAAAAAGCAGGAAAGAUCCCAAGUCAAACAGUGUGGCUUAAACAUUUUUUGUUUCUUGGUGUUGUUAUGGCGAGUUUUUGGUAAUGAUGAUCCAAUCAUUUUGGGAAAUUCUUGCACUGUAUCCAAGUUUUUUGAUCUGGUGCGUGUGGCCCUGUGGGAGUCCACUUUCCUCUCUAUCUCUCUCUGUUCCAAGUGUGUGUGCAAUGUUCCGUUCAUCUGAGGAGUCCAAAAUAUCGAGUGAAUUCAAAACCAUUUUUCUUUUCCUCCUUUUCAAUGUGAUGGAAUGAACAAAAAGGAAAAAAUUCAAAACCCAGUUUGUUUUGAAAAUAAAGAAAUAAAGCAAAUGUGCCAAUUAGCAUUAACUUGCGGCUCUAAGGCUCCUUUUUCAAUCUGAAUAUUAAUAAACCAUGAGAGUAAUCAAACUCC